UGCGGCAUUUGACAUGUUCUCAGAUUCGGUGUUGGCUCGGUAUUGGUUCGGCAUCGGCAUGGUACAGUUGUCUCGUGUUCGGCAUUGGUUUAGCACCGCUGAGGCGGCCAGAAGUUCGAUCUCUAGAGGCGAAGAGGACAGGGCAUCUGCUCCCAGGAACUCAUGCGUCUACUGUAGAGGAGAAGAUCAUAUCAAGAGGGAUUGCCCGGACCUCAAACGGGCAAUAGAUGAGGGACUUGUCGUGCUUGACGACCGCAAGUAUGUUAAGUGGGCAGAUGAUCUGGGAGAUGUAUCGAUAUUCCCUUCGAUGAAGGAGAACGUCGAAGCAAGGAGAAUAAAGACGAGUAAAGGAAUGGAGCCGGUCAGGAGCCAGAGCAUCAAGAUAACCUUUGAGGGGGAUAUCGUGAUCACACCCAUAAGGGUGGGAGCCACCAAGUCGGCAAGAGGAUCUACAUCGAAGAAGACUGACACGGAUUACGUGAUGGCGGAGAAGGACGGGCAGCGGGUCGAUGGAGAGGAGGUUAUCCUUUCGCCGCGAAAGCGGGGAGUGAAGAAGUUUUUAAUGAAGAGUUCGCUGGACGAGAUUGAGAUGGUCGAGCCACUGAGGCGGGCCCUUUGGCAACCCAUGCAGUGCUCUAUUCUGGAGUACCUGGCGGCAUCGAAGCCUGCUCGUGAUGAAUUACAGAUGAUCACGCGGAAGACUCGCAUACCUCUAUCAGAGGAGGGUCAGGGAGCUCCUAAGGCGGAAGCUUCUAUAGUAGCAGUAACGAAGAUGACUGCCAGAGCGGAUCGCAUGGUGACAGUCCUUCUCUAUGGAAUGGAAGGUGUGCCUCCAGACAAGUUUUAUAUAUUUGGUAUCGGGGCCGUGGAGACGAUUAUAAACGAUGGAGCGGUACUCGAUGCUGUGAUCGAUAACGGCUGUGAGGCUGUCAUCAUAGACGAGGACUUGGCAGUACAGGUUGGACUGGGCCUCGAUAGGUCAUACCUAUUCGAGAUAGAGACGGCUGAUGGGAGAAAGCAACAGAUCACUGGGGUUUGUCACAAGGCAGCCAUAGAGGUCCAAGGGGUACGAGUGACCCUGCCUGUUUUGGCGGUCAAGAACUGCAGCUCCGACCUGCUCUUGGGUCGAACGUGGCUGAGCCACGUGCAUGCGGUGACGAUAGAGCGACCUGAUGGAAGCCAAACAUUGUCCAUUAGGAAGCCAGACGGGACGCGGGUAAUGAUUGAGACAGUGGAGCCUCGGGACCCGAGGAACAGAGCGGCUCUCGCUGUGGGUGCGAGACCCAGUGAACAGAUUAAGUCAUUACCUAUCUCCGGCCGCGCGGUGCGAUUUCGCGAGAAGAAAUAUGGACCACUCCUCACAAAGGAAGAAGGUCGGGUCGUGGAGGUGGAAGAUUUAGGGAGUCGGCUAAUAGUGGACGGCAACUCGUACCCAAAAGAAAAAAAUGAGGAAUUUGGCGGUGUGGUAUCUGUGUCUUUUUUAAGGGCACGGCCCCCUAUGGGGGGCUACCCAAGCGAUACAAAAGAGUUGCUCAAAAAGUUAAGCCAGCGGCGGUGGGCCGCGAGCGAUCAGCACUGGAAGGGGKAUCAGAAGAAGAGAUCGCGAAAGAAAUCAAAGAAAGAAAGAAAAAGGAGCCACAACGCCUAACGGAAGAGAGGAUAGCAGGGAUGGACAUCGGAGAUGGAAAUUUGACCCCACAGGAGCGAGGACGUGUGAUAGAAAU